UCUUGAAUAAAGAAAGCAAAUGGUGAGCAUAGCAUUCCAUCCAUGGUCCUCAGUUGAUAGAGCGAUGAAGGUUCAAAGGUGAGAGAAGGGACUAAGUAGGAGACAGGAGACGUGUUUAUAAUUUCCAUAAUUUCCCAAAAGGAAGGACCACUCCGAGACCAAUGACAUAAAGUUUUGUUUUCCCUCCCCUUCACUGCGCUUCACUCUUCUCUUCACUUCCUUGUCUUCCUUACACCUUCCGCCACCAUUCCAUUUGAACCGUUCCUUUGAGCUUCUUCCAUUGCGCCGACAAACGAUUUCCUUCCCCUCACAGGCAUACACAAUGGAUUUUAUCACGACAUUUGUUAAAGACAAGGAUGGCUGCGACAGUGGUGGAGGACAGAAGCCCAUGGUCGAAUUGCAGUGGUAUCACGUCGCCAUUGCUUCGUCCCUUAUCCUCGUCAACGGCAUUCUCUCGAUCGUGUUGGGUCUCGGUCUGGAAAAACGCCUCUUCAUCAGUGCCAUCCGCUGUAUUGUGCAAUUGUCUAUCAUGGGUCUGGUCCUGGAGAACAUCUUCAGCUCCAAUAACCCAAUCUUGAAUUUUCUCCUGGCCUUGUUACUGAUUUUCCUCGGUACCUAUGAGGCUGUGUUCAACGUUAGCAAGCGUCGGCACAUCUACAUGGUAAAGCGUUGCCCACUUUUUUUUCAUGCUACGACAUCAACAGGAACGAGGUUGGCUAUGGGUGUCGACCCAUUGCACUCGCCAAAGGAGUUCAUCCCAGUCUUGGGAAUGUUGCUCGGAAACACAAUGACGGGUAUCUCGCUGGGUCUGGAUCAGUGUCUUAGUCAAUUCAGCGAGAACAAGGAAAAGAUUGAGCUGUACUUGUCGAUGGGAGCGAGCCGCUGGGAGGCAUGUCGUCCCAUCGCCGUCGAAGCCAUGCGUCGCGCCAUGUUGCCCACGAUUAACCAGAUGAGCAUUAUUGGACUUAUUUCGAUCCCAGGAAUGAUGACCGGUCAGCUCAUUGCUGGUGCCUCAGUCAUGAACGCCGCCAAGUCCCAGCAGAUCAUCAUGUUCAUGAUCUCUGGUGCUGCCGCGUUCGGAACGCUUUCCUCUGUUUUGGUAAUGAUGAAUUAUUAUCACGACUUUUUUACCUCGCUUUGCAUAUAUGGUAAUGCUAAAAACAUGUCUGUCUUUAUUUUCGUCACCUGCCUUCCUUAUUAG